UUUACUUCCGGCAGCCGCGGCGCAUGGGGCGCCCGCCGCCUGCUGCCAUGGCCGAGCUCGUCGAGGAGGACGAGCUGCCGGUGCCCGAAUCAGGUGCUGUUUUCACAUUCGGAAAAAGCAAAUUUGCAGAAGAUAUUCCUAGCAAGUUCUGGUUCAAAAAUGACAAGCCUGUACUUAUAUCAUGUGGAGAUGAACAUACUGCAAUUGUUACAGAUGGAGUUGGAUGAUACAGUGGAAUUACAGUCCUUGGUGAAUCACAUUGAACUGCAGUAAUGACUGGAAUAAAAGCUUCAGAAGUACAUGCCAAUAAUGACUUUACUGAGAAGGGCACAGACCUUGUGGGAAACCAGGAGCUUCUUGAAAUGGAGCUGAACCUGACAUGGAAGAGAUAAAAGACAAGCAUCACUGAGGAAGGAAAAGUAUCUGGAGCAGGGAAUGGUAAACUCUACAUGUUUGGCAGUAACAAUUGGGGACAAUUAGGACUAGGAUCAAAGAAUACUAUCAGCAAACCAACAUGUGUUAAAGCUUUAAAACCAGAAAAAACCAAACUUGCUGUUUGUGGAAGAAACCACACUUUAGUUUACACAGAAAAAGGGAAUGUGUAUGCUGCUGGAGGUAACAGUGAAGGUCAGUUGGGAUUAGGUGACACAGAGGAAAGGACCACAUUUCAUUUAAUCAGUUUUUUUACCAACCAGCACAAGAUCAAACAGCUAGCAGCUGGAUCAUACACCUCAGCAGCAGUAACUGAGGAUGGGCAGCUUUUUGUGUGGGGUGACAAUUCCGAAGGUCAGAUUGGCUUGGCUGAUGAAGCCUGUGUCAGCGUCCCAUGUCAAGUGGAUGUUGGAAAACCUGUUUCCUCUGUAUCCUGUGGAUAUUAUCACUCUGCCUUGAUAACAGGAGAUGGUGAGCUCUAUACAUUUGGAGAACCUGAGAAUGGGAAACUGGGAUUAAUGCCUGAACAGCUGAAGAACAAUAGAGUCCCACAGCCUGUAAUGGGAAUUGUGGAAAAGGUUAAUAAGGUUGCUUGUGGUGGAGAACAUACUGUGGUGCUGACAGAGACGAGUGUCUAUACUUUUGGACUUGGACAACAUGGGCAGCUGGGACAUGGUACUUUUAUUUUUGAAACUUCAGUACCGAAGUCUGUGAAACACUUGAGGAGGUAUAAAAUAUGUAACAUUACAUGUGGGGAAAAUCAUACUGCUGUAAUAGCAGAGAAUGGCCUCAUGUUUACUUUUGGAGAUGGGCGACAUGGGAAGUUAGGCCUUGGAGAAGAGAAUUUUACAAAUCAGUUUGAUCCAACUCUGUGUUAUAAUUUCUUGAGGUUCACAGUCCUUUUGGUUGCUUGUGGUGGUUGUCACAUGCUAGUUUUUGCUGCUCCAAGACCUAAAGGAUUUGAAGAACUCCUCUUAGAAGAUUUACAUGAAAGCUAUUUGACUGCUACAAUCUCUAAAAUAAGUGGAGACUUACUACUAACAAACACCUUACAACUAACAUCAGCACGAAUGCGACGUCGAGAGAGGGGUAAGUCACCAGAACAGUUUAGUCGAAUGGCACAAACUCUGCCUCCACUGGGAGAAAGCUUCUUAAAAUCUUCAUUACCUGUGACUAGCAAGACUAGUCCCUUCUGGUUUUCUGCAACAAAUCUUCCUAAAGCUGAACCUAUGAAGCAGAGACGCCAUAAAAAAGUAAAGAAAAAGAAUCAUCAGAAGGAUAAACCUGAUGAACGUUCUGCAGAAGAAGAUUCAGAUAAUGAAAAUAAUGACAGAAACCUUGGAGAUACAACUGACAUCCUAAAUAUGACACAUGCAAUGAAAUUGAAUCCCAGUGACCAGUCCUGGAAAUUAUCACCACUUCAAAAACAAAAGAAGAACAAUAAAAAUGUGAAACUGAAAAGAGAUGGUAAGGGUGGGCUGAAAAACAAAGAUUCUGACUUAAUGAAGGAGGGGUCAAAAUUAGACUCUGGCUCUUUACAAAAGCAGUCUUCACUUUCAGAGUUACCAGGACAAGACUUAGAAAAAAGUAGUGCCUUUGUGGGGAAGCCCAUGGCCAAAAAAACCACAAUGGCAGGUAAAUCUGAGAAUGCACAAACUGUUGGUGUAUUGAAAAGUCGUGUUCAACAAGUCACUGGGGACAAAUGCAGAUUAGUGAAAACAGAAAAAACAUAUGCAGAAAAUCCUGAAUUUGUCAGAGAGGAUCUUCUCACUGAAAAGCAAAUUCUGACUGAAAGAACGAAUUCUUCCAAUAACAAGUCAAAAGCUGUUAAAUCUAAGAAAUCCCUAAAAAUCAAUGUACUUCCUCCUGCAUCCAGGGAUCAGCCCCAGACUGAUUCAUUAAUUACACAAAAAUAUCGUCCUGUUAAAAAGCAAGGAAGUCAAGAAGCAAUAGAAAGUCAGAACAAAAUAAAGGAUAUUGUUGAAAAAUCUAAUAAAUGUGAAAGAAUAUGCAGCAGAGGAGAAGAAAAUAGUGAAGAGCAGAGAGGGUUUAAAAAGAACGAUCAUUUUUUGAAACAAAUCUCUCUGUCAUCAUCUUCAACUGAGGAAAAUAGUAAUGAUCUUGCAAAAUACGUACUUAAAAGUAGCGAAAAAGGUGAAGAAUACUAUAAAGGCAGAAAGGUCCAGAAGGCAGUUAAAACAGUGGAAGCAGUGAAAGUCUUGGACUUAGAAAAAGAAGACGAUGAGAUUGAGGAGAUGCAAGCUGCGAACAGUGAGAAAAAAUAUGUAGAAGAGACUGAUAUAAAAAGCUUGAAUGAGGAAGAAACAAACUCUGAAGUUAAAUCUGAUGAAGACGGACAGUUAGAAGAGGAGGAAUCUAAUCAAGAGCAGGAGAAUGAAGGCAGCGAAAAGAGUGAAAGUGAAAAAGAAAAACCAGACGAAACAAUUGGGAGUGAAAAUGAACAAGGGGAGGAAGAAGAAGAAAGUGAGGUUAAAAAAGAUAGAGAUGAAGUUUCAGUAGAAGGAGAUGAAGAGGAAAAACGUAAUGAGGAAGAAAAUGAAAGAGGAGAAUCACAAGCUGAAAAAGACAGUGAGAACGAGGGUGCAGAAGAGAUGGAACAGAUUAAUCAGGAAGGUGGCAAAGAGCAAGGAGAUGAGGAAGGCAGGUUGAUAGAGGAAGAAAUGCUGAGGGAGGCAGAAAAGGAGGAUAUGGAAGAGGAGUAUCCUAAAGAGGAAGACACUGAAAAAGAAAAGGAAGAAGAGGUUAAAAGUGAGGGAAGAGACGAGAAUGAGAAAGGAGAUGAAGGUAGAGAGGCAGGGGAAGAAGAAGAGGUAGAGGCAGAAGAGGAAGGAGAAGAUGAAAAGGAAAAUGAAGAUGAAAUCCAAGAAAGCGAGAAUGAAAAAGACAAAGAGGGUGAAGAGGAGGAAUUAGAAGAAUCACUGGCAGGGAGGGAAGAAGAGGUAUCUGAAGAACAGGAAGAGGAAGAUGUAAAUAGGAGGACUAAGGAGGUAGGGGAAGAUGAAGUAGAAGACAAAACAGGAGAUGAGGAAGAGGAAGGAGCAGAGGCAGAAGCAGAAGGGGAGGAUAGGGCAAAAGAUGAAAAUGAGUGGGAAAAUGAAGAAGAAAAAGGGGAAGAAGAAGAUGAGGAAGCAGAAGGGGAGGAAGAAGAAGAAGGAGAAGGGGGAGUUGAAGAUGAGCGAGAAGGGGGAGUUGAAGAUGAGGGAGAAGGGGGGGUAGGAGAAGAAGAGGGAGAAGAGGGGAUGGAAGAAGAAGAGGGAGAACAGGAGGUGGAAGAGGAAGAGGGAGUGGAAGAAGAAGAGGGAGAAGAGGGGGUGGAGGAAGAGGGAGUGGAAGAAGAAGAGGAAGAGGGAGUAGGAGAAGAGGAGGGAGAAGAGGGGGUGGAAGAGGGAGUGGAAGAAGAAGAGGGAGAAGGGGGCGUGGAAGAAGAGGGAGAAGAGGGAGUAGAAGAAGAGGAGGGAGAAGAGGGGAUGGAAGAGGGAGUGGAAGAAGAAGAGGGAGAAGGGGGAGUGGAAGAAAAGGGAGAAGAAGAAAAAGAGGAAGAGGAAGAAGGGGAAAAGGGGGAAGAGGAAGAAGAAGAGGAAGAGGGAGAAGAAAAAGGGGAAGAGGGAGAAGAGGAACAAGAAGAAGAGGAAGGGGAUGUGGGAGAGGAGGAAGAGGAAGAGGAGGAUGAGGGAGAAGAGGAAGAAGGAGAGGAAGAAGAGGGAGAGGAAGAGGAGGAAGAAGGAGAGGAAGAGGAAAAGGCAAAAAGUAAAAGAAUAAAUUAUAGUAAUAAGCUUCCACAAAAGAAAAGCAAAACCAGGAAGCCAGAGAAGACAGAAAGUACUGCUUUACUAAACAGCUCUAAACAAAAAAUGAAGUCCAAACAGCAUGUAGCCAAUGGUUUACAUAAUUCAGAACAAUUUUGGAACAAUGUACUACCUCAUUAUUUAACACUAAAGUAGCAUAGACUACUGGAGAUGCAUUUUAAGCCUAUUCAGGAAACUUUGGAACUAUGGCAGAUUGAUUUUUAUUACUUAAAAAAAAAAUAAUGUAGUCAAAAUAUAUUAUUAUGCAUCUGCUUUAAGUGCCAAUUUCUUGAAAAAAGACUGAAGAAAAUGUUUAGAUUUGGGAAGCUUUUAUGAGAGAAAUCAUAAAUGGUUGAUAAAGUUAUUUACACAAUCUUUAACACAUGAUUUAAAAAAAUAAUUGCUGAGGAGGCAAAAUGUGUUUGCCUCUUAAAUCGUAAUGUCAUGCUGACAACAUGAAUUAUACAUUGUAACAGUGACAUUGGAACAUUCAAUUGCCUUUGAAUCAGAUUUCUUAAGGUAAUAUAUCAGUUUUAGUUGCAGAAUAGCUUACUUGUUAAUGUGCCUUUUAGAAAAUGAGUGUCAGUAAAUUAUUAAAGAUGCAUUUUUUUAAAUUUUGGUAUCACUCCAUAUGCAUUCCCCCUACUUUUUUUCUGCUCAGAUAAAUGGUAAAAUGUUUGAGUACUCAGCAUAAAUUAAAGAAAGGAUGAGUUGCUAAAUUUACAUGGGUCAAGAGAUGGGAGGUAAAUGGAAAUGCAGGCGUGGGUAAACCGUGGCCUGGGCUUUUUCAAAGGCCUUAAGGUUGACUUCUUAUUUUGGUGUCAGCACACAAUUAUGUGCAAAAUGACAAAGCCAAGUCCCAGAAUCUGGCCUAGAUUACAUUAGAGUCAGAAUGCAUCUUUUUAGGGAUAAUUUUUGACAAUCACAUUUGGUGGUUAGAUAUAAUUAAGAAUUUGAAAAUACACACCUGUAAACCACUAUUUACUUGUUUACACUAUGCAAUACACAAAAGAUUCUAUAUCUGCCUACAAAAGACUACAUGACAUUAGUCAUCUGAGUUUAAGGUUAUCAAGGAUGGGACUAUGUUUUGUGGCUGUGUGAAGCGUUUUCAGGAUCACAGCCUAAGUUUCUCCUCAUUGGAGAAUAUUUGUGGUUUUCCCUCCCAAAAAUCACAUCUGUGAUCUCCAAAAAGAGGACAAUGUAAUAAACUGAGAAGCCAGAUGGAAUAGUAAAGUGGUGUGAUAGUCUGAAUUCUUUUUGCAAAAGAGAAAGUAUGUUAAUACUUCUGGAGUUUCCUUAAAAUACACAAACCACUCUUGAAAAUUAUUUUUGUAAGAUACUGCAUUACUGUUUCAACUGUUAGUGGUUGAACUGGCAAAAGAAGGGCUAGGGACUCAUCAUACAGCAUUAUUACUUAAAUACUAUGGUAAUGGGUGGUCUGAGAAAUUUUUGUAAACAGAUUUCAGUCUUGACAUUCUCUAGAAAAUAGUUAUUUGAGUCCUAUUUGAAAAUGAGGACAGGAGAAGAAAAGAAUCAAAACGAGCAAAUGUCAUUCAAUAAAAAUGUUAAUGGAAUCAAUACCUAUGUUGAGAUUAUUUUUAAUGUUGUUUUGUAAGACACUGGCAUUAAACUAUCUUUGACACAAUGUGUCCAGAAUUUAUUUUCUAAAAAGGCUGUAGUAGAUUAAUAAUUUGCCAGUAGAUUCUAGUCCAAGUCGAUCCUUCCUACCUCAGUCACUCCUUCCAUAUACUGCGUUUGAAGGUAAGAUCAGUUUCGGAUACAUGCUGUGCCUAACUAACAGAAAGUUAGUCCAGUGACUGUAUCUUGUCCCUGUGAAAUUUGUUUCCAGCUUUGGGAUCUUUUGGAAUACAUUAUCUUGACAUCAGCAUGUGUAAGUCUUUGGAAAAGGGUAAGUAUCCUCAUAUUCUGAUAGAAUGGAAUAUUUUAACAGUUAAAUACAGUGGCCAAGAAAACAAUGCUAAUGACAGAGUCCUCCUAUUUUGAAGAAGUGCUGAGUUAUCACUGAACUGCUGUGAAAAUAUUUGCUUUUAAAACUAAGUGGAGCUAAACUGUGUUAUUUUAUC